AUGCGCUACUCCCUCACUCUCAUCGCCUUUGCCGCCACGGCUCUGGCUCUUCCCACUGCCAAGCCCGCCGACGACGGCUCUUGGGCUCCUGGCAAGUACGAGGGCAAGGGUACAGGCUACGACGACGGCAAGUGGCACGAGGGAAAGUAUGAGGGCGGUGACACUGGCUACGAUGAUGGCAAGUGGACCCCCGACAAGUAUCCCAGCGGCAAGGCCAAGCGCAACGACGAUGGCUCUUGGCAUCCCGGAAAGUACGAAGGAAAGGGAACGCCCUACGAUGACGGCAAGUGGCACGAGGGCAAGUACGAAGGCGGCAGCACUGGCCACGACGACGGAAAGUGGUACCCCGGAAAGUACCCUGGCGGCAAGGCCAAGCGCAAUGACGACGGUUCCUGGGCCCCUGGGAAGUAUGAGGGCAAGGGAACUCCCUACGACGAUGGAAAGUGGCACGAGGGAAAGUACGAGGGUGGUGAUACUGGCUACGAUGAUGGCAAGUAUCAUGGCGGCAAGGUCAAGCGCAACGAUGAUGGCAGCUGGCACGAAGGAAAGUAUGAGGGCAAGGGAACCCCUUAUGACGAUGGCAAGUGGCAUGAGGGCAAGUACGAAGGUGGUGAUACCGGCUACGACGACGGAAAGUACCAUGGCGGCAAGGUCAAGCGCGCGGAUGAUGGCUCUUGGCACGAGGGAAAGUACGAGGGUGGUGACACCGGAUAUGAUGACGGCAAGUGGGAGGAGGGCAAGUAUGAGGGUGGUGAUACUGGCUAUGAUGAUGGCAAGUACCACGGCGACAAGACCAAGCGCAACGACGACGGUUCCUGGCACGAGGGCAAGUACGAGGGUGAGGGUACUCCCUACGAUGAUGGAAAGUGGCACGAGGGAAAGUAUGAGGGCGGCGACACCGGCUACGAUGACGGCAAGUAA